CAGAGCCCGGGCUUUGGCUCCAUCAGUCGAAUUCUUCCAGUGGCCUGAAGGCAAAAGUGUGUUUUUUAUUUAAAAAAAAAGGAGAAAUGAUUCUACCGGCGGUUUUCCUGUGCUUAAUUUCCAUCUCCCUGGCAUCGGACGAAGGAGCGUGUUACGUCACCAGUGAGAUGGAGGAUGAAUGCGGGUCGGUCUUCUACCCCAUCGUCAAGCCCCUUCUCAGAUACUUUGAGGUUUGCCAGACGAAGGAUCGGAAGAACGCAGACCUACAGGACUCACUGGAUGAACUUAACCUCAAGUACUCAAAAUUGCUGGAGAAACAUUCGGCAUCUCAGGAUAACUGUAUUGUCGUUGCACUCAAAUACGCAGAGAUCCAGGAAAAGUUUCAGCAGAGAGGCCCAAAUGAAACCAAUUCGAAAAAUGAACAACUUCAGAAUAAGCUAAUUGAACUGAAUCGUCAGAAUGCGAGGCUGCAGGAACAGAGUUCAAAUAAAGAUGUGGAGCUCCGAAGUCUUAGGGCACAAAUAGCUCAACAAGCUGCUCAAAUCACUCAGUUGAAGGACCAAACCUCUGAUCUUAAACAGACUUGUGAGCUCGGCAAGCUGAAGGAUCUUUUCAGCGAAGAGAUAGCAAAGUUGCGGGAAGUUGUGAAAAGUGGAAGUGGAACUGAACCCAAUACUACUCAGUCGAAGUCAACUCAAGUUGAUCUUCCAGAUCGGUGUCCAUCAACACAAGAUGAAUUUGUUGUCUACCUAGAAAUCUAUUUCCCAGGAUUGGAACCUUUUCAAGUGCGUUGCUACUCAAAGGAGGAUGUUGGAUCUGGAUGGAUGAUGGUUUUUUCUAAAUAUUAUUAUUCAACGGAAUUGAAUCAAACAUAUGAUCAGUAUAUAAAUGGAUUUGGAGAUGUGAAAUAUGCACACUUCAUUGGACUUGAAAAAUUACAUAUUUUAACGAGCCAGAAGCCGCAUGAGGUUAUGGUUUAUGAAUAUUUUGAAAAUAAUAGAGUAAUAUGCGAGAGCUUCGUUGUGGGCGGCAGGAGCGAAGGUUACAGCCUGAAACAGAUUGACGGUUGUAGAGGCGAUACUUCCCGCUUCAAUCUCAUUCAGGGAACAAAGUUCUCGACAUUUGAUCGCGAUCAAGAUGGAAAUCCGGAUCACAAUUGGGCACAGGAAUUGGGCUAUGGAUUCUGGUUUGGUUCCGAAAAGCUAGUAGAUGAUUUGAUUUGGAAUAGUAGCAGAUUCUUUCAUUUUUAUAUCCGAAGAAAGGAUUGAAGAUCUCCCAAGCAACCUCCUUCAGAAGUGGAAUUUGGAAAUAAAAAAAUGAUGUCUGGAAUUUGGAAAUUUACAUAAUUUUAUGCAAUUUGUUGAAAAGUUAAAAAGGCUCCUGCAGUUCAUAAAUUGAACAUGAUUAAUAAAUUUAACUUUAAAUUAA